CUCCUCAACACCAACUUCAAAACAAAUGAGUUUCAUACAAAGAAUAGUAUAAUUAUGGUGAUGGUAGUAGAGAAUAGUCCCGGAUUGUCAUCGUCCACCUCGGGUCCAAUGACACACUACUGUCGGGUGUGCAACCGAGGGUUCAAUUGCGCAGGAGCCCUCGGUGGGCACAUGCGUUCUCACACGGUGGGAGAUCAAGCAGACAAGAGCCAGAGUGAUGAUCACGAUCACAUGAACAACAAGCAAUCAAAUGUCGAAGGACAAAAGCACUCCUACUUCUUACGCACUAUUGCAAACCGUUUUGUCACUAAAAGUAGAGGAUAUAGAGCUGAUGACGAUGACAUUGACGAUGAUAAGGGUGUAAUGCCACACGGGAGCAUCGCGCCAUUUUCGUCAUCACCUCCUCUUCUUAGUCAUCAAUAUUGUGUAUCAAAGGAAGAUAUGGAUCUAGCUAAUUGUCUGGUGAUGUUAUCAUCCAACGGGUCAUUCCAAUUCACGUCGUCUCAAGAUGAUAUACACGAUCACAAGGGAAAAAUCGUCAAGGAAGAGGACACAAACAACAACAACAAUAAUAGGGGCUUGUUCCCAUGUAAGGCAUGCAAUAAAGUGUUCAACUCCCACCAAGCAUUAGGUGGACAUAGAGCGAGUCACAAGAAGGUUGCUACGCUGCCAAGCUCGACAACCUCAACAACGACAACAACAAUAACAAAAAUGAUGACACCGGUAAUUAUUGCCCCGAUGAAUUCUUGGAUAGCGAUUAUUCUCUGCCCUCCCCACCACCACCUUCGGCCUCCGCCACAAUCUCCCGGAAGCGCUCAAGGGUGCACGAGUGUUCCAUCUGCCACCGGAUCUUCUCCUCCGGGCAGGCAUUGGGUGGCCACAAACGGUGUCACUGGCUAGCAGCAUCAAACACGGCAGACACGACAGUCUUACAAAGCUUCCAAGCAAUUGCGGCAUAUGACAACAAGCAAUCGCCACCGUUGAUCUUCAAGAAUCCUUCGUUCCCGUCGGGUUAUACUUCGCACGGGCCAUCGUCAUCGUUGGACCUCAACAUUGCACCUACUAUCACCAACGUUCCAAGAAAAUCGUCCUUUGAAAAGGAGACAGCCACAAGAUCAGGCUAUUUGGAUCUAUGGGAAAAAGGGGUUAGUACUAAUACCGCUAACCCCAGUCAGAACCAAUGUGGGGAAGAGAAGUCACCGAAGCUAAAAGAUAUGAAAUUAGAUGGAGGAUCGUCUGGGUGGCUGCAGAUGGGCAUUGCUAGCUUUACCCCUUCUGCUUUGAUUUGAUAAGCUAUUCUUAAUGGUCUCCAAGGCAUUUAAGUACAAAUGUUCUCGAUCCUAUGCAAAGAAUUGGAGCAACCAUCUAGCAGUGGCUUUAAUUUAUGGUUUUUUUACUUUUUUAUUACAUGGUUUGUUCUCCAGAGAUCAUACGUAAUUUUAAUUUGGGCUCAAUGUAGACACCAAGACACACACACACAUAUAUGUUAUUGGAAUGGAUACAAUAGUUUAGCAAAAGGUCAGAUUAACACUGAUUAAUGUAUUAGGAGGUUUUCAUUUAAACUGCUUGCAGUCUCAUAUCGACACAAACAAUACAG